GUAAACAACUUUGUUAUUCUUUUAAAAUUGCCAGGUUGUGCAAAAUUUUGUAUUCAUGAACCAUGAAUAAUAUACAAUGAGCUAUAGCAAUACAUAAAAAUAUGUAAAAAGCCAUGACAUUAAAAUGGAUGACAGAAAAUCUCAAUCUGUUCUAAGGAGAGAGCCAGUGGUCACUGUCACUGAUCAAAGAAAAAAUGACAGUGCUGCUGUGAGCUUGUUUACAAGUACAAGCAGCCCAAAACAUCAUAAAGUGGAUUCUAUUCGACAUUCAGUGGCUUUUCAUACUGUUACACAGACACAAGAGGCUAUUGAUGUAACUGAUGGACUCAAUAUCAGUGAGGAUGUUAUGACUAGGAACAGUCAGUCUCAAAAAAUCAAAGUCUCGGACAAUACAAUUUUUGAACAAUACUUGACUAAAGCAAUUGCAAGCAGUUCACAUUCAGAUCCACCAAAUUAUGUAAUUGGAUUUAUUAAAAGCUGUCUAACUUUAUGAUAAUACCUAAUUUUUCUAAAUCCGUAAUUAAUUUUUGUACUUUUUAAAUGAAUAAUCAUA